AUUCAUGGCAUAAUUGAAAUACAAUGUCGUUGUGCUUAUGAUGAUAUGUCAAUUUUACACAUUACGCAUUAACGAAUUUACAAUUACCAAAAUACGUUUCGAAAAAUUUCACAAAUUUUCUUUAUGUACAUUGAAAAUGAUCGAUUUAAUUUCAUCUAGAAAUAACGUUUUCGUAUGGAGUGCAGAAGACUGGUUAAAACUUCGAAAAGAUUACAGAAUAGUUGGUGAUUUAAUAGGUUGCCUUCCAAAGAAACCUAGACAAGAUAUACUUUCAGGCCUUCCGUUGCUUCUACAACCAGAAGAAGUGUCUCUUUUACUUGAAAAAAACCUUGCACGACUCAUUCGUUAUCCAUGUUUCCAAAAACCACCAACAGAUUUGUUGAAACAAGUUUUUAAAGAAUAUAGAAACACAUUGUACAUAGAACAAGAAGAAUGCUUAAGGAAAGAGAGAAAGAAACAGGUAAUUGGAAUGAUGGACAAGAUUAUAGAAGGAAAGAAACGGAAGAUACUCGGAAUAGAAACAAGGAAAAAGAAAGUAAAGAAACCACUAGAUGCAAAUAUACAAGAGGCUCUUAAUAAUAUCGAGAUAAACAAACAAGAUUUAUUAGAAGAAGAAAUGGCAAAACUACCUAAACUAGAGAAGAGCGAUGCUUUAGUUCAAACUCAUACGGUAUAUCCAUGGCUAGAUAAUGUUGAAAUAAUCAAGUGGAAAUACCCAUCCAAUUGCAGAGAACAAUUGCGAUACAAAACGUAUAAAGAUUUGUGGGAAAGGGGAUAUUAUGUAACAAACGGUGGAAAAUUUGGUGGAGAUUUUUUAAUAUACCCUGGAGAUCCUAUUAUGUUUCACUCCCAAUUUAUAAUUCAAUGCAAAGACAGAAAUGAAGAAAUUCCAAUAACUGAACUGUCAGCCCAAUGUCGAAUUGCAUGCCAUGUUCGAAAAGUACGUGUUUAUGCAUUUUUCUCUAAUGAUCAGAAUAAUAUAUUGUAUCAAUCAUUUCAAUGGGCAGAAAGUAAUAUACUCGAGAAUGGAUAAUAUAUAUAUACUAUUAACUUUAUAAGGAAAAUAAAAUAAGAAAUCGAUUCCAUUUUCCUAUGUUUAUACAUUUAUACUAUUAAUUCAAUAAUUCAUAAAACAUAUAACCUUGACCAUACUAUUUUAU